AUGGACAGAGCGUGGUGGAAGCGCAAGAACAUCCUGAUCAUUGGAGGACUAAGCUUGUUCCUGCUAUCAACUUGGUCUUGUUUACAUCGAUCUCUUUCUCAGUGGGAUCACUCGAUUCCCGCGGAUGCGUUUGACAGUCUUCAACUUUCAAGUCCUGGAUCAUGCCAAAAAGCAAGCAGACUCGCCGGUGGAGUUCCAGGCUUCUACGUUUUGGAAAACCUGUGGUAUCGUGAAGGGGUUUUUCACCUGUUCACUGAGGAUGAGCUCAUUCCAGAGCAGGACAAAAUCAUGUCUGGAUAUCAUGAACAAAGACACCAUCGUUUCGUAGACCAAGAAGAUAUUAUGGCUGAGCAGGAAGGUAAGAUACGAUGUCUUGAUGGGCAGACGAUGUUCCUGAAUGACGGAGCGGAUACUGGUCAACGGUCAUACCUCAAUUGGUUCUACCAUUUUGCAGCAGAAGCUUUACUAGGGGGAAUCACAUCCCUUUCCAUCGCUUAUCCCUCCACAACUAAUACAUCCACUUUGCCUCGACUGAUAAUCCCAUUCGAGAAAAAUUGGAGGGACAAAUAUGGGCUAAACGGAGCUAUGAUUGAAGGGAUAUUCGGUGAUAUGGUGGUCGAGAAAGCUCAGUGGGAUAUGGCUACUCGUUCCGGAGACUGGAUAGGUUUCGAGAAAGUUGUCAUAGUAGAUCGAUACGCAUCACAUCGAUAUAAUCCCAUAGCGAAUGAAUGGAACAAAAUGGCAUUACCCAUAUUUUCACUCUUACCUUCCCAUCCUCCUGCAUUCUUCAAACCUUAUCGGGAUAAUCUCCUAUCGAGUCUCAAUCUGAAGCCGGAAUCAAGGGUACAACCUAAUAAAGCGCUGAAGGUGAUUCCAAAAAUCAUCUUUGUGGAAAGACAAGAGACCAAUCGUAGACUAGAUAAGGUGGCGUAUGAAGGAUUAUUACAAGUCCUUGAGCAGUUCCAAUCCGAGGAAAAAGCUAUAAUCGCAUUACCUCACUUACCGGAAUUGAGUUUCAAGGAACAGGUGGAUUCCGUCAAAGAUGCCGAUAUCAUCAUUGGCGUUCACGGGAAUGGACUGACGCAUCAAAUGUGGAUGCCAGAGGGAGGUGUAGUGAUUGAACUCUUCGUCCCAAAUUCGUUCUUGCGAGACUAUCAAGUCCUAAGUCAUGCCCUCGGUCAUCGUCAUAUUGCCAUUUGGGACGAUCGCAUCUUGCCAGAGACUGAAUGGCAAUUGAUCGACGGGGAGCUGAACCCUAAGAUGCUCCAUGAUGGAACUGCUAUCCCAUUGGAUACCUCUUUCAUUCGAACAUUGCUGGAGAAUCUGAUAGUGGAAAUCGCAAGGUGA